AUGAAUAAAGCAGGAGCCGGCAACACGUAUUCGACUAUCUGUGCCAAACUGUGCGCCGUCAGAUGGUAUCAUCGAAACAACGUGGGGUACGACCCGGGUGUCGAUGCUAGCCAUGCCAUUCUACUCAGAGGUAUCCGUCGAUUUACAUCCCCAGUAACAAAGCAGUACCCGCUUUCGCACGCGCGCGAUCGCUUGCUUUGGGGUGGGCUACUACUUGGUUAUUUUUUUCUGCUUCAAAGAUCUGAAUAUCUGUAUAUUGGACAUCAACAUCAUGCCUACGUGCUGAAGCUAAGUGAUAUCACAUUUCACAGCGCCGAAGGGCAGCAUUGUAAGCCGCGACACGCUGAACGCGUCAGAUUCCAUGAAAAGUCCGGGGAUACCAGUAUCUGCCCGGUAGUAGCGGCUCGGUGGAUUCGCAAAGGUGCCAGAGCGUUCGGGACGUCACCAGAGCAGCCGGCGUUGUCGACCGGUGUCGGCACGGGUAUUUCGGCAAAAGAACUUGCAAGUACAAUCAAGACGGCAGCUCGUCAAUGCGCGCUUCUGAAUGCUGGUGCAGACCGCCUCGCCAUAAAAGUCAUGGGAUCAGCUGGGUUAUCGAAACUAAUGUGCUAA